CACACACCCGUGCGGUCCGCCCCCCUACGCUUCUCCUUCUCCCCUGUUCCUACUCUUGCUCAUUACCUUGUCCAUCUUCGCCUUCUUGCCUUCUCUCCUCCAUAUACAUACACUCACUUCCUGACACACACCCACGCCUACGUCGCGCUCGCUCUCUACCGAUCACCCUUGCUCCUUGCGUCCACUAUACGCCUCUCCUACAGGCUUCCCCUGCACCGCCCUGCAUACACUCUAGGCCUAAAAGUCACCGCUUCCGGUCUCGAGAUCGACGUCAUACCACCACACUAUUCCCACCCCACCGCUAACACCAUCGCCUAAUAGUCUGGAAUUCUCGGGUCGCCAUCACCGUUUCGGCGAGUGACUCUCACUUCAGCCUAUUAUCAUACACUGUGAAAGUAGCAUAGUACCCUCAGUCUGCCUUCCGCCAUGCCAGGUGCUAGCAAGGCGACGCGCGACUCGGCAGCCGUCUAUGCUGGCUCCUCCUCCACGGAGCAUCCUCAGAAUACCCAUGCCACAAUCACCUCGGCCGUUGCCGCCGACCCUACACUUCCUCCCUCGGUCGCAGAGCUCAGACUCUUCCCUAACCCAAGGGCAUACAAGAGGGGUCUUCUGAGGCACAAGAUCAAGGAUCAGUUGCAGGAGGGAAGAGGUCAUACCUGGAAUUGGCACAAUGGAGCGACUCAUCAUGAGAAUAAAGGACCGGGGGAGGAGGAGCUUGAGGAGGUAAGGACGAGGUAUGGGUACAAGAAGGAGUCGGAUGGAGGACCGAGCAGAUUAUACCUCAUGAUUUUGGCAGACUCGCUGUUGCCGCUGCCUAGAAGCCCGAUGUCUGGUGUGGUGUCUCCUCCUCUGCUAGCCACCACCGGCAUCGUACCUUGUUCCAUCUUCUCGACUGGUCCUGACAUCAUCGAGCACUACUGUGACUGUAUUAUCGCCGCCAAGCGCGAGGUCAUACUCCUCACAAAUUACUGGCAGGGCGGCAAGAAUGUAGACCGCAUCGCAGACGCUCUUCGGGAGCUCAACCGAAGGAUCAAGAAGCGCAUUGACGAGGGUAAGACAAAGGAGAAGCAGCACGGCGAUACAGAGAAUGGCGUGCCCGCCCACAAUGCACCUGCGCUGGACAAUGUCGUGGUCAAACUUAUGUGGGAUCGAGGACCGCAGACUUUGGCGGACCUGUUCCGAUGUAGGAAACCGGUACCACCCUCCAUGUGGAAGUCGAACGGUCUGCCUACCGAGGAGGAAGUCCCUCAUCUUAGCGUUGAGAUUCUCAACUACCACAGACCACUGAUGGGUACCUUCCAUGCCAAGCUCUUGCUGGUUGAUCGUCAAGUAGCUCUCAUCAACAGUAACAAUAUCCAGGAUCGACCCAACGUUGAAGCCUGCGUUCGUUUCGAAGGUGACAUUGUCAACUCCAUCUACGACCAUGCCCUGAUCUCCUGGGGCAAUCGUCUCAAUCCACCCCUGCCCUGCCUGGGCAAUCCCGCCUCCAAGAAUCCUUCGCCGACUGCCUUCAUCCAAGGUGAUGAAGGACACUUGCCGUCCAUGUCUGCAGAAAAGCUACGACAGCUUGCCAGCGUAGCACGACGCAAGCUGCAGCAAGAAGACGAAGAGACUGAAGACGAGAAGCUCGGUGGCCUUUCUCCCGGCGGCCAGGGAUCUAUGGGACGCCGAUUGAGCUUUGCAGACGUAGUGGAAGGAGUGAUCAAGCAAUCUCAUGAGCUCAGAGGCAAUGCGAUGCAGAGGAGAGGUAGUGCUGAUGCUGCUACUGGUGACGAUAAAGGAGCUGCUCGACAGGCAGCUACCCUCUGGGCGCAGAAAGUGUUGGGAGACCGACGCAACCCACCGCCAGGGGUCAAUGGUUCUGCAGAACAGACGCAGACGAGCCGGCCAUCAGGCAAGUCGGAGACAGGCGAAGGCUCAGGUGCUGCUGGAGAGACAGAGCAUCAACCGCGAAGGCACCUUGUUGACGUAGUGGAGCAAAUCACAGGACGAGGCCCGAGCUCAAGCAAGAAUGUCGAUGAUGAGGCCCGCAAGAGUCGGGAGCAGAGGAAGAAGGAUGGAGUAGCCCAGGCGGCUCACAAUCUCACCAAGAAUGUCCACGUCCCUCGAGCGGUACCAGAGGAUGGCGUAGAUGACUCAGCGAGGAGCAACACUGUAGUCGACGACCAAGAUUCUCCUGGAGGCAGCAAGGGGAGGAAUGAGGGGACCUCAUCCCAGCCUAGCGGUCCUCGUCUACGCUCGGAUGCGGAAGACCAAGCAGCCAAUCUGGGCAGAGAUGGCCAACCGGUAGCUUUCGAGGACAAGGAAAUUGUCGAAGAUAGCACCGAGGGUGCUCCCGGCAGUAUUGGCUAUCGAACCAAGUCGCGAACCCUAUCGAAUGCUUCCAAGACUCCAGCUUCUGCUCGUCUGGCUCAGAUCACCAAGUCUCUCGACUUUGCCAAUUUGAGUCAAGUCAAGGGAGAAAUCAAGGCUGAUGAGCUGGACAGGCACAACCAAACUCCGCAGGACGGUGGUGCAAAGGCCACCCAAGAGACUGGCGCUAAUGGCGAUGCCGCUGGUUCUUCCCCUGCUCAGAACACUGCCACUUCCACUCCUCCUGUUGGUAACGGAGGGACUGCCGACCCUGAGAAGGAUGGCGAGUUAAAACUCGAACAUACGGCUACUCAAGACGCAGCUCUACGUGCCUUUGCUCAAGGUACCUCUGACAUCCUCGACUUCCGACCUUACACCUUCCACGCCCCGCACAAGCCCGUGCCCAUGGCGCUGGUCAACCGUCGCCCUCAUGGAACUCCCGGGCACUCGGACAUUCGCAAUCCGCAAGAUGCGGCCUGGCUGGCUGGCUUCCGUUAUGCUCAGAAGCACAUCUUCGUCCAGUCGCCCACACUGAAUGCCACGCCCAUCAAAGCAGCAGUGCUAGCUGCUGCGCGGCGUCAUGUUCGGGUAGAGCUGUGGCUGGAUCUGGGCUUCAAUGACAAGUCUGAAUCGAUGCCCUUCCAGGGAGGCACCAAUGAGCAAGUGGUCACAUCUCUGUACCGUACCCUGCGCAACGAGGGCAAAGGAGACGAAAAGUACCUGGAAGUGUUUUGGUACACAGGCAAGGACAUGACUCGUCCUCUCAAUGCCGUGCGCAAGCAGCGCAACUGUCACGUCAAGUAUGCCGCCUUUGAUGGCCAAGUGGCGAUCCUGGGAAGUGGUAACCAGGAUACGCAGAGUUGGUUCCACUCGCAGGAGAUUAAUGUCAUGGUUGAUUCUCGGCAGAUUGUUGGAGAGUGGGACAUGGCACUCAGGAGGAACCAGUCCACGGGAAUCUAUGGAAAGGUGGACUCGGAUGGUAUUUGGAGGGGGAGGACGGGUAGCGAGAAGGCCGAUGAUGGCAAAGAUGGGCAGGAGAAGGGAGGUAAGGGCGGCGCAAAGUAAGGCGCUGACGAGGUUCCCUUUCCAGCUUGCAAAUACGCGUACUCUUUUUCCUCCCCCUUUUGAUAAUUCUUGCAUGGCUUGACCCCCAAAGAGGUACGAGUGCUUCUCCUACCUCGUCUUCGUUUGCUUCUUCAUUCUACUGUUACUCUAGUCUACCUUUUGAUUUCUUCCAUCCCUCUUUGCUCCCGUCAUGCGUAAGAUAUCCCCCCCUUGCUUGGUUGCUUGUGCGCUCACUGCUUUGUGAUCCUUGUGAUUUUGCGGAGAUUGACGCUUGGCCCCUCCCCCCCCUUGCUUCCUUGCGGCUCGCUUGUGCCGUCUUCCCCC